AUGGAGGACGCUAAGACCAAGAGUAUGGAAGAAGGGCUUGUAAAUACAUCUCAUGACUACAACAGUAGUCAUCAGCAGAAAGUACAUAAUAGUUUUCGUGAAGAUGCCAUAAUUCAUGACCAUGACAAAGAUACGGCCACCUUGGCAUCCGAUGACAGGCCGGUGGUUGAGCAAAAGGGAGAGGAGGAAGCAACAGUUCUACAGGUUAAGCCAAAGAGCAAGAGGAUUGCAACUUUGGAUGCUUUCAGGGGCCUUACCAUUGUGUUGAUGAUAUUAGUAGAUGAUGCUGGAGGAUCAUAUCCACGUAUUGAUCACUCGCCAUGGAAUGGAUGCACCUUAGCGGAUUUUGUCAUGCCUUUCUUUCUCUUCAUUGUUGGCGUCGCUGUUGCCCUCGCUCUCAAGAAAAUUCCCAAGGUCAAUGCUGCAGUCAAAAAGAUUAUUUUGAGGACAAUAAAGCUUCUUUUCUGGGGAAUUCUUUUGCAAGGAGGGUACUCUCACGCGCCAGAUAAUCUCUCUUAUGGAGUUGACAUGAAGCAAAUCCGAUGGUUUGGCAUCCUCCAGAGAAUAGCUUUAGUUUACUUUGUUGUAGCUCUUAUAGAGACAUUCACCACCAAACGCAGACCAACGGUCCUAGACUCUGGCCGCUUCUCCAUUUUCACUGCAUACAGAUGGCAGUGGAUUGGAGGGUUCAUUGCAUUCCUCAUUUACAUGAUCACAACAUUUUCGUUAUAUGUUCCAGACUGGAGCUUUGUGAUAUACCACAAGGAUAAACCAGAAAGAUUGACAGUCAAGUGUGGGAUGAGAGGACAUUUGGGACCUGCAUGCAAUGCCGUUGGAUAUGUAGACAGACAGGUUUGGGGUAUUAAUCAUCUCUAUAAUCAGCCUGUUUGGAGACGCUUGAAGGCUUGCACAUUUAGCUCUCCAGGUGAAGGUCCUUUUCGUAAGGACGCUCCUAAUUGGUGCCGUGCUCCAUUUGAACCUGAAGGCUUGUUGAGUACAAUCUCGGCUAUCCUUUCCGGCACAAUUGGCAUUCACUACGGACACGUUCUGAUCCAUUUCAAGGGUCAUAAGGAAAGGCUUAAACAAUGGGUCUCAAUGGGAUUCGGCUUACUUAUCAUAGCUAUUAUUCUUCAUUUUACCGAUGCAAUUCCUAUCAAUAAGCAACUGUACAGCUUCAGCUACGUAUGUUUCACAGCCGGUGCAGCUGGAAUUGUGUUCUCUGGAUUCUACAUACUGAUUGAUGUUUGGGGGCUUCGAACGCCAUUUUUAUUCCUGGAAUGGAUAGGAAUGAAUGCAAUGCUAGUGUUUGUGCUGGCGGCUCAAGGCAUCUUCGCCGCAUUUAUUAAUGGAUGGUACUAUGAGUCCUCAGAUAACUCCCUGGUCAACUGGAUUCAAGAGCAUGUUUUCAUCAACGUCUGGCACUCCGAGAGGCUAGGAACCCUGUUAUACGUUAUAUUUGCUGAAAUCUUGUUUUGGGGGAUAGUUUCAGGCAUAUUGCAUAAAUUUAGAAUUUACUGGAAGCUCUAGGCACCAAUUGCUAUACUUUUGUAACAUCAAUUCACAAUUCUACCUAAAUUCCUCUUGGUGUGUGCGUGUGUCUGUGUUUUUUUUUUUGUCAUUUGAACUGGUUCUUGCUGCUCAAUUGCCUAUGUAUUUUGAUCAUCUAUACAUGUAUACAUACAUACCUUGUAGACUAUGGAGUGGUUGUGUUACAAUCUUUAUGGUCAAAGUAUUCCAUCGUUGUGAAUGCCGCCAUAUCAUAGUUUG